AUGGAGUUUGCUGCUGAAAAUGAAGGGACUUGGGAAAGAGAUUGCUUGAGUGGAGCUGAGGGGGCGCGGCUAAAACGCGAAUCGUGUGGGGAGAGAGGCAGAGUCUUAGCAGGGAUGGCAAAGGCCUCCACUGGAAGGGAGGUGCAUAGAUUGACAGGAAUGCCGAAAACAGGGGGUGGAGGGGAAGGAAGUGAACAAAAACCAGAGGACAUGCGAGUCGACCUAAAGGUUGUGAAGCAAGAAAUCCCAGACUGGUCAGAAAUAGAAGAACACAAGUUGAAUGCACAGUGGGUGAAGCAAGAGGUGGAGGAUGAGAAGGUGGAGGAUAAGAAGGUGAAGGAUGAAAAAGCGGGUACAUUGGAAGUGAAACAAGAGAUGGAUGCUAGUUUGGUGGUAAAAGAAGAGAAGAUGAAUAAACCAGCGAUAAAGGAAGAGAAAGUGAAGGUGAAGGAAGAGGUUAUGGACUGGCUGGAAGUGAAGGAGGAGAAGGAAAUUAAAUUUGAGAUAAAAAAGGAGGAGAUGUUGGCUGGCCAGAACAUAAAAGAGGAAGAGGUAAUGGAUGGAAUUUGUGUAAAAGAAGAGAAGGAUAUCUUGAAAAAAGAAGUUAUGGAUGAUACAACGGUGAAAGAAGAACCUGAGAUCAGUCCUCCUGUGAGCUGCAAGCGGAAACUGGCCAUGUCAAGGUGUGAAAUUUGUGGAACAGAAGAAGCAAAGUACAGAUGUCCACGUUGUAUGCGAUAUUCCUGCAGUUUGUCCUGUGUAAAGAAACACAAAGCAGAACUGACAUGUAAUGGAGUUCGAGAUAAAACUGCAUUUGUUUCAAUACAGCAGUUUACUGAAAUGAAUCUUCUAAGUGAUUAUCGAUUUUUAGAAGAUGUGGCAAGAACAGCAGACUAUAUUUCUAGAGACACUUUCCUGAAAAGACCAAUAGGAAAUAAAUAUAUGUACUAUCUGAAAAACCGUGCCCGGAGGCAAGGUAUUUACUUAAAGCUUCUACCCAAUGGAUUCACCAAGAGAAAAGAGAAUUCAACAUUUUUUGAUAAGAAAAAUCAACAGUUUUGUUGGCAUGUGAAGCUUCUGUUUCCUCAGAGUCAAGCUGUGUACAUAGAAAAAAGGGUACCAGAUAAUAAAACUAUUAAUGAAAUCCUAAGGACUUAUAUUGAUCCUGAAAAGUCUGAUCCUGUAAUUCGUCAAAGGUUGAAAGCCUACGUUCACUCUCAGACUGGUGUCCAAAUAUUAAUGAAGGUUGAAUGUGUGCAGCAAAAUUUAGUAAGUUACUAUGAACUGGAUCCUUGUAAAAGUAUCCUAGACAAUUUGAAGAACAAAGUGAUUAUAGAGUACCCAACAUUGCAUGUGGUAUUGAAAGGAUCUAGUAACAACAUGAAAGUUCUUCACCAAGUGAAAAGUGAAUCUACCAAAAGCUUUGGCAGUGAAAAUUAAGCAUUUCUUCUGGAAGAAGGUGAAAAUUCCCAGACAGUUGCAAAGGACAGUGC